AUGGCACAAUUUAUCAAAUUUCUAUUUCUUUUCGGACUUCUUUGUGUUGAUGCACAAUAUAUUCCUCUCGGUAUUAGUAAGAAACAACCAACUUGUAAAUAUGAAUUUACAGUUCCUGAUGCAAAGGGAGCCUGUUCCGCAACAUCUACAGCACUGGAGCAGAAAAUAGACAAUGUUAAACAAGAUUUGGACAGAACUCGAAUCCAAUAUGUUUCUCAGAAUAGUAUUGUGCAAGGAACUUUAGCUCAGUUACAGUCAGACACAAAAAUGUAUGUUUCAAAAGUGAAUGAUUUGAACGGGGAGCUUCAGAAAAUUAAACAAGGUGUUAGUCCUGGGCAGCCUAGCGGAACAGUUAACCAGUUAAUUCACGACACAAAAGACUUACUGACCAAGACUGUGGGUGACAUUAACGGCAGAAUAUUCAAUUUAUCAUUGGAAUUUCAGCGGAAUGCAAUAGAGGAGUCUAAAGUUAAUUCUGCAAUUCAAAAUCAAAUCAACAAACAAGCUGUACAAUUAGCAACAGCUGAACAGAAACUACUUAAUCUGGAAAAUAUGAUCAAAAACUAUAAACCACCAACUUCCGGAUCCCAGCCACAACCAUCCACGGGUCCAUCAAUUGCCCAAAUAAUUACUCUGGAGAAGAAAUACCAGCAACUUGAAAAUGAUCUGAAAUCUGUUGACUCGCUACAACAACAACAGUUUACAGGACUCUCUGACAAGACCAAUAGGAUUAUGUCGCAGUUACUGAACCAGUCCCAUGACAUCGAUGUCGUUGCACAGGCUACCAAUCAAUCUGUUGCCAGACUGACAGCUGCAGAGAAAUUGAUUCAAACUACCAAACAAGACUUUGAUAAUUUCAAGAAGGCAACAGAUCCCCAAAUAAAGAUCCUUUCACAGGAAGCAAGUGGACUACUUAAUAAUCUUACCAGUAUUGAGAAACAGUUGCAGCAGCUUGGCAUAAGACUACUCAAUGGACAGGUGGCUUCUAUGCAGAUGAAGGGAGAUGUUGUAAAAGUAAAGAAACAAGCUGAUAGCCUUUUGCAAGAAAUAACCAAGCUGACUAGCCAGAUUACCGCUCAAGCAGGAGAAUUGUUGGCAGUGAAAUCUGACCUUUCCGGACUGAAAGGACCAUCUACCGGAGGUUCUGGUGGAACCGUCAACAUUCAAAGCCUCGUCAAUACCAUUAAAAUUCAAACACAAGCAGAUAUUCAGAAAGCUCAAAACGAUGUCAAACAAGUCCAAAACAUGGUUACUACACUUCUUACCCAAGUUGCGCUUCUCUCAUCAAAGGUGAACAAACUGUGCCCAACAACGCCAAGUGGUUAAUCCAUCUAUAACAAACAAUAUAUACAAUAAUCGAACAAUAUACACAAUGAAUACUAUGCUAAAUUGGAGAACAAUUCAGGCUUCUUCUCCUAGCUAAAGUGCUAACUUAAACAGAUUGUUUUUUGUUAAUAAAUUUUUCAAAGAAUGGGUUUUAAACGA